UGAGCGAGCUGGGGAGAGAAAGAGAGAAGGCAGAACGACCCAGGUGUCGUAUCAACACAGCGAGGCAGCAUGGAGGUCCUCUGUUCAGCGAGGCAGCAUGGAGGUCCUCUGUUCAGCGAGGCAGCAUGGAGGUCCUCUGUUCAGCGAGGCAGCAUGGAGGUCCUCUGUUCAGCGAGGCAGCACGGAGGUCCUCUGUUCAGCGAGGCAGCAAGGAGGUCCUCUGUUCAGCGAGGCAGCACGGAGGUCCUCUGUUCAGCGAGGCAGCACGGAGGUCCUCUGUUCAGCGAGGCAGCACGGAGGUCCUCUGUUCAGCGAGGCAGCACGGAGGUCCUCUGUUCAGCGAGGCAGCACGGAGGUCCUCUGUUCAGCGAGGCAGCACGGAGGUCCUCUGUUCAGCGAGGCAGCACGGAGGUCCUCUGUUCAGCGAGGCAGCACGGAGGUCCUCUGUUCAGCGAGGCAGCACGGAGGUCCUCUGUUCAGCGAGGCAGCACGGAGGUCCUCUGUUCAGCGAGGCAGCACGGAGGUCCUCUGUUCAGCGAGGCAGCACGGAGGUCCUCUGUUCAGCGAGGCAGCAUGGAGGUCCUCUGUUCUCUGACAGCGAGGCAGCAUGGAGGUCCUCUGUUCUCUGACAGCAAGGCAGCAUGGAGGUCCUCUGUUCAGCGAGGCAGCAUGGAGGUCCUCUGUUCUCUGACAGCAAGGCAGAGCUCUACACCUAGAGGAGAGAGACUAGAUGUAUCAGUGUUUUACACCUAGAGGAGAGAGAGACUAGAUGUAUCAGUGUUUUACACCUAGAGGAGAGAGAGACUAGAUGUAUCAGUGUUUUACACCUAGAGGAGAGAGAGACUAGAUGUAUCAGUGUUUUACACCUAGAGGAGAGAGACUAGAUGUAUCAGUGUUUUACACCUAGAGGAGAGAGACCAGAUGUAUCAGUGUUUUACACCUAGAGGAGAGAGACCAGAUGUAUCAGUGUUUUACACCUAGAGGAGAGAGACCAGAUGUAUCAGUGUUUUACACCUAGAGGAGAGAGAGACUAGAUGUAUCAGUGUUUUACACCUAGAGGAGAGAGACCAGAUGUAUCAGUGUUUUACACCUAGAGGAGAGAGAGACCAGAUGUAUCAGUGUUUUACACCUAGAGGAGAGAGACUAGAUGUAUCAGUGUUUUACACCUAGAGGAGAGAGAGACCAGAUGUAUCAGUGUUUUACACCUAGAGGAGAGAGACCAGAUGUAUCAGUGUUUUACACCUAGAGGAGAGAGACCAGAUGUAUCAGUGUUUUACACCUAGAGGAGAGAGAGACUAGAUGUAUCAGUGUUUUACACCUAGAGGAGAGAGACUAGAUGUAUCAGUGUUUUACACCUAGAGGAGAGAGAGACUAGAUGUAUCAGUGUUUUACACCUAGAGGAGAGAGAGACUAGAUGUAUCAGUGUUUUACACCUAGAGGAGAGAGACUAGAUGUAUCAG